AUGAGGAUAAGUGGCAGGUUCCAAGCAACUCUUAUUGCUGUUGGUGAAGCAGAAGCAUUACCACCAUGGGAGGUGAAGCUAGAGCUUCAUGCUACAAGAUUGAGUUGCAGAACGAAACAUGAACCAUUACAUCCACCUAUAUCUCAAAAGAUACAUUUGCAACCUGACCUCUCAUUCAGGCAUUUUAGCUACACUACUACAUUGAUGGGAAUUCUUCAAGGCAAUUGUGCCUUAGGGAAAUGGAGAUCACAAAGCUCUAUCCUUCCGGUAUCCCAUGGCAAUACCUCAUCUAUUGUAAAACCUGUGCCUCCAGCUUUUAUAGGAGCCCCAAUGGAGAACAGUAAAGCUUUUAUUACAAAAGAUCUGGCUCUAUUUGGUGUUUUGAAGACAGCACUUGCUCCAUUCGAACGAGUGAAGCUCCUGAUGCAGAACCAGAACCACUUAAUCAAGUCAAGCCAGUUGCCCAAACCAUAUAAUGGAAUACUUGACUGCUUUGCUAGAACUAUCAGAAAUGAAGGCGUGCUCUCCCUUUGGAGAGGCUAUACUGCAAUGACCUUGGCAGAUGUUUCCCUUAAGGUAAUGCGUUUCGCUAUCUUCCGUUAUGUCUUGAGCCGUGAAGACAUCCAGUGGACUUACCCUCGGUUGCUAGUGUUAGAUUCUGUUGUCAUAGUCACAAAUCAAUUGCUUUUUUAUCCGUUUUUAUAUGCUGGAGCACGCAUGGCAACCGAUGUCAAGGCUAUCGGUAGCACGGGCAAUUGGCAGUUUAAUGGUAUAGUAGAUGUCUUCAGGAAAACCCUGAAAUCUGAUGGCAUUGCUGGACUGUACCGUGGAUUUAAUAUCAGACUUGCUGAAUUUGGUAUGAUGGGAGCAGUAUCUGCUGGUUUAAAACCAUGGAAACAACAUUAUUCGAGCCUUUUGCAGAACAAUGUUUUUUCGAGGCAUAUGGUAAAAUUUGGCUUUGGGAUAUGUGCCAACAUGGCUAUUUAUCCGUUGGAUACAGUGAACAAAAGAAUGAUGAUGACCUCGGGGGCGGUUAAGUAUAAGAGUACGCGGCUAGCAAUUGCACAAAUUAUGAAAACUGAGGGUUUGAAGUCGUUUUAUAGUGGUGCAGGGGCAGAGAUCCUUUCAUGUGCUGUGUACAAAGGUACUGUGUUGUUAAUCAUUUACGUAGCAGAUGUUAUUAGAGCUGCAAAGGAGAAAAACGACUAUUGCAGCAGAUCCACAAUGGAAGGAUCGCUGAGGCAAAUGACAAGGCACUGA